GAGAGAGCGGGUGGGGAGGAGCCUCAUCACCAUGACAACGAAGGACGCCUAAGCGCUGCCAAGAAGUACACGUGGAUAGCGCAGUCGGUGUUCCGGUGGAGCGGCUCCGGCGAUCUCGGGAUUGCAGGUUCACUUGAAGAAUAAUUUGACAACAUGGAAAAACAUACGCCUGUGCAUCCAUUACCAGAGGAAAUUCAGAUGAUGCCCCGUGAUGAAACUGUCUGCAAAUACUGUGGUGUCAGUUAUCUAAUACUGCAUGAGUUCAAGCUUUUGGAAGACAAAGUGAAGGCUUUGGAAAAAGAACUGCAGUUCUAUCAGAAAAGUGUGGAGCGCGAGAAACGCCUUCAAGAAGAACUUCAUUCUCUCAGCCAAGAGCAUGAACAAAGCAAGGCUGACAGCAAAUCCAAAACCCAAAGAUUGCAGAUAGCAGAAAUGCAACUGAAUGCAAAAGAAAACAAACUUCUUAUCCUGACUGAGGAACUCACAGCCUGUCGACAAACUGUGAAUGUUGCACAAGAGCAAAAGCAACUUUUGGGGGAGAAGGCAGCUAAACAAGAAGAAAACUUAAAGAAGACCUUGGUGUUGUUGAGAUGUCUUCAGUCAGAACAGAAAGCUAUUAAAAAUGAAAUUGGUGCAAUUGUUUCAGACUGGAAUACACUCCGAAGAGAUAUUUGUAGCAAAACAGAAGACAUAUUUCAACUUCAUUCAGAAGAAAUGACUGGACUUCAAAAGUGUCUGUCAGAAUUGCAGUCAGAAAAUGUUUCCCUUCAAACUCAAGUAAAAAAUCAGGAAGCUGCCUGCAAGUCUCUUGCUUUAACCUCCCAGCAGCUUCAAGAUUCGCGUGACACCGAAAAUGAAUUGAAAAGCAGAUGUCAUCAGCAGCAAAAGCAGAUUUUAGAUUUUGAGCAACAGUUGGAAACAUUAGGACUGAAUUUCCAGAAUGUAACUGAAGAAAUGCAACAUCACAAGGACAUUUCCAUAAUGAAGUCGGAAGAGGUCAGUGAUCUCCAAAGCAAGCUACAAAGAAUGGAAUACGAUAAGGAAAGCAGUACAUUGAGGCUUACAAAGGAACUGAGGGAGAAAGAAGAUUCCGUGACACUUCUUCAACAAAAGUGCCAGCAGAUACAGGAAGAGAUCACCAAAAUGGGAAGCACAGAAGACCAUUACAGGAGGAGAACUCAGCGUCUGGAGAGUGAAUUGGCAACAGUGAAUGAAGUUUUAAAUCAAACACAGCAAGAAGUUGCUGACUUGCAGCAAGAAAGGGAAUUGCAGAUGAUUUCAUAUCAGAAUAGAAUUGAGCAGCUCCAGGAAGGCCUGAAACAGAGGAUGCAGUCUGAUGACAGCUGGGAGACAAAGAUCCAGAAUGAACUGGAGAAUCAACGUCAGAGGUUCAUACAGAAGCUUGAGGAAACAAAGCAAAGGCUUCUUGAAGAAGCCAUUAUGGAAGUUGAGAUCGAAAGACAAAGGCAUAGCGAAGUUAUAAAGAUGCUACAGAACAAGAAUGAGGAACUUGAAGGAAAGAUACCAGCACUAGUAUCCAGGGCAUGUGAAGAACUGCAGGCUGAAAUAGACAUUCUGGAGAAGAAGUUACAGCAAGCUCAAGCAAGACUUCUGGAGAAAAAUCUAACAAAAGACACUGAAAUUACCAACUUAAAAAAAAGAAUUUCUGAGUUGGAAGUUCGUUUGAAAAGAGACUAUGAACACAAUACCUCUUCUCUAGAAGAAAUGAGAAAAGACAUACACACAAAAGCUGAGCAACUCAAUGAAAUGAACAUGACCUGUGCACAGCUAAGACAUCAACUAGACCAAGUCACUCAGGAGAAUGCCUUCCUCAAGGAUACUGUGCGCAUGGAGUGUGAAGAACGCUAUGAGCUCACUGAGGCCUUGACCCAGGUCAGGGAACAGCUUUUUGAACAAAAAAGAGCUAAUGGGCACCUCCCAGUGUCACAAAAGUCAUUUUCCCCAGAGAAAGCAGUGACACCUCACAUAAUGACUAGUGCACAACAGAAGCAUCCUCUGAGCUUAUCAGCAAGUAAAGGAACCACACUAGUGAGCCUGUCUGGGUCUUCUAUAUCCACCUUGAAUAAACCCAGGCAUAGUGCAGGGAGCACCUUACCAAUACUGCCCUCUCCACAUCCACCAAAAGAGAGAACAGCUUCACUAACCGAAGCACGACAAAAAAUCACUGCAGUCCUCCGGAGAAAUACUACUCAGCUGUGAUAGAGGCAAUUGCAGUGAUAAAAAUGCAUUUACCCACAGGAUGCACUGGAUUCACCUGUAGGUGGAAUAGCUGUGUGCCAAAACAACAGUGUUUUAGAACAUGUGCAUA